AUGGCCCCGAAACCUACACCUACAUCCCACUUUCUUUUCAACAAGUCAGGACGGUUCCGGUCAGCACAGAAGACUUGCUUUGCGAUGAUAUGGGAAUGCCGGAACUUUCCCGUCAACCAAAACGAACGUCUGGGCUCUGGUUCCGAUCGUCCGUCGGACGAGGCGAUCAAAGUUUGCCGUCAGGACGGUCGGGGCAGACGAAACAGACUUACCGGAAUGUCCUGCGUCGGUUGA